AUGGGACUGCUCCGCAAGGACAAAAACACUGGUCUCCACUAUGCUGCCAGCUCUGGUCUCAAGAGAUGUGUGGAGUUUUUGGUCAACAAUGGUGCACCCCUUUUUAUAGAGAAUGUGGAUAAUGAGACGCCCUGUGACUGUGCUGAGAGGGCAGGCUUCUCUGAUAUAGCCCUCUACCUGGAGUCCAAGAUGGUUUUCUCUAAUGACAUGGCUGUGGAUGAAAAUGAGGAUGCUGCCAUUGUUUCUAUUGACCUACAGGAGGAAUACAGUGGUCUUAAAGCUCAAGACUUGCAGGAGGCCAAGGACCAACUGCUGGUGGAAACAUCAGAUAUGUUGAGGGUGCCACUGUUCACUGCUGAGGCCCUGCUCAGAAACCAUGAAUGGUCCAGAGAAAUGCUCCUGGAAGCCUGGAUGAGGGAUGCUAUAGUCUGCUGUGAGAAGAGUGGAGUAAAUCCACCAUCCAGUGUGUUUGAGGAUCUGAUGGCUCAGUCCUCUGAGGACUCCGACACUCUCAGAAGUGUCACGCCACGUCACCACGGACAAUCUGACAUACUCUGUGAUAUAUGUGCAAACUACAUUCCAAGUGAUGAGACGGCAGUUCCCAUGUCAUGUGAACACAGGUUUUGCCGAGCAUGCUGGGAAGGCUAUCUAAAUGUGAAAAUCCAAGAGGGCGAGGCCCAUAACAUUACCUGCCCUGCUUAUGACUGUAUCAAACUUGUACCUGUAGAACUCAUUGAGGAGAUUGUCUCAAGAGAUAUGGCCAGGAGAUAUCUGCAGUUUGACAUACAGGCGUUUGUUGAUAGUAACCCCAAUAUCAAGUGGUGUCCGUCUCCUGGCUGUAUCCGUGCAGUAAAACUACCGGAUAUGGAUGGCGCCAGUGGUGUUAUGUCACCAGUUCAGCCAUCUAUCGCCAGUAAACUUCCUGGCGACACCUCCAGAUCCGUGGAUUGUGGGAGUGGCCAUUAUUUUUGUUGGGACUGUCUUGGAGAAGCUCAUGCUCCUGCUAGCUGUGAAAACUGGAGUAAAUGGUUUCAAAAAAUUUCAGAGAUCUGCCCAGAAGCAUUAUGUGACACGAGUGGAGCAGUGGAGACAUCAGCCAAUAUACUGUGGUUGGUGACCAAUGCCAAGCCUUGUCCCAACUGCAAGUCUCCUAUACAGAAAAACGAGGGGUGCAAUCAUAUGAAAUGUUCAAAGUGCAAACACGACUUCUGCUGGGUGUGUCUAGAACAGUGGAAGAAGCACAGUUCUGCCACUGGGGGGUACUUUAGGUGCAAUAGAUAUGAUGUGUCAAAGAAAGUUGAUGAACAGACAGAAGUGCAAAAGACAGAGGCUGAGCAGAAGCACAUGGCUAACAAAGAAAUGCACAAGUUUGUCCACUAUUACACUAGGUUUAAAAAUCAUGACAAUAGUUUCAAGCUGGAGGAACCAUUGCUUACCACUGCCAAAGAAAAGAUGCUGAUACUUGCCAAUGCAGUCAGCGAUCCAGCAACUGCAGAUAUUGAGACCAAGUUUAUAGAAGAUGCAGUCCACCAAUUGCUCAAGGCACGGCGCGUCCUGAAGUGUUCUUAUGUCUAUGGUUAUUACAUAGAAGAAGUAGGAAUUAGAAAACCCAUCUUUGAAUUCAUGCAGACGGAGCUAGAAGAGGCAACAGAGAACCUAUCUCAGAUGAUCAAUCGCCCAUACUUACGUACACCACGGAACAAGAUAAUAGGUCAGGCUCAGCUGGUCACACGGAAACGCCAUGACUUGAUAGGCGCCAUUGCACGAGGCUUGGUGCCUGUUGAUCUGUCUCCUGGGAAUUCUAGGAAAAAGUAUAGUUUUGAUGUAGAUUUUUCACAGCUGGAAAUUCUAUUAGGAAAUACAGCUUUGAUGUGGAUAGAAGUGAGAAUGAGAUCUACUUGA